CCGUAACUUACCAAGAGAGAGCUCAGGGUAUUUUAACGCCAGCAGACACCUUCUUCACCUCCAGCCAUCAAGAAACUCACGAUGGAACCCAGACCUUCUCUUCCUCUGGACGUUCUCAUCCACAUCUUAUCCCACCUGCCCUCCUCUCCGAGGCGUGGGAGCGAUGAUCCCAUCUACGCGUUCGUUGGCUUCCUUAAAGCAAGCACUCUCCUGCGAGAGGCUGCUAUGGUCUCCUCUCUCUGGGAACCACACUAUCGAGCUCGAUAUACGCACUACGAUGAGCAAGCUGAAGCUCGGCGCCUGGCCAUGACCAAUGGGGACUGGAGGCUGUUGUACGUUGCUAGGCGUCGGCUGGAUAGCGUGGCGCUCCGGCACUUGGACGAAAUAGUCCAUCAGAGAAGCAGACAGCUCGAGCAUGUCGAAAGCAUAUUCGAGCUGUCUUUUGAUAUCUGGGAUGUUAUGCAGACAGAGGCGGAACAGCCAGUCCCAGUGCCGUUUCGGCGGGCGAAUGAAUAUCACGCUGAACAGAUCCAGAAUAUAGGCCCCAACGCACCCACUCGGAGAUAUUGGGCUCGUUCUAUUAUGGAAUCUAUAUCAAGGUCUUAUGCCAUUGAUCUAUGGACCCGUUCUCAACGCGGCGAUGACUCUGUGUCGUUCGUGGAAUCAUUUUCUGCAUUAUCUUGCUUUCUGGGCAAAUCUCCAAGACAGAUGUCCGAAAUCUUCUCUCCCCUGAUAGAUCGAUGUCGUGCUUAUCUCUCGAGACGAGAUUAUGUUCUCGACCAAGAUGAUCCUAGCUACGAUCUGGUCGAAAUGUGCAUUGGCGUCUGUAGCUUCAUGAGAAGUGAAGGAUUUGACGCUGUUGAUCCCGAGAAUUUUCAUUUGCUGCAGAAUAUUUUGCCUCAUGCAUAUCUAACAAGUAAUAAGAAGACGAUACCUAUCUCUUUGGUUCACAUUUUCGUGGCUAUUUCUCGUGCUUUGGGGGUGCAUGCUUCCCCUGUUGAUUUUCCAGCUCGUGUCCUGGUGCAUAUCUCCACUCCGGAUCCACUAACCGAUGAUUUCUAUGUUGAUGUAUAUGGCUCGAGCACCAAACCCAUCCUCACUCUUCGCGAAGAUAUUGCUGCCCUCUUGAUGCAACAUGGAAUUCCUCCACAGUCGAUGGUGCAAUACAUCUCUCCCUGUGCGGGCCCCUCGAUGUUGCUCCGUACGAGUCGCAACAUUCUAUCAUCAGUCCACGGGGGCCAUCGGUCGUCUGGUAGUCUGGCGCAAAACUCACUUUAUAUCGCCUUCUGUAUUUAUCUUCUCUUAACGUCACGGGAACAAUUUGCGGCAAGGGUGACCUUGUAUGUUGGUCUACUGGACUGCGUCACCGUCAUACCAAAUACAUUGGCACCUUUGUUUCCAGAGGGAAGUAGUGCUCGAAAUACACUAGAAGCCAAAUGUCGGACCACCAUCGAACGCCACAGGGCUAUGACGACUGUCAAACUGCGCUCUUCUCCGGAAAACGCCAGCGUGUCUUAUUUUGUUGGGAUGGUAUUCCGCCACCGUACGCGAAAAUACAUUUGUUGUAUAUAUGGAUGGGAUAACACCUGCAAACAGGAUGAAAAUUGGAUUAAAGAGAUGGAUAUUGAUCGCCUUCAUCGAGGGAGGAAUCAACCAUUUUAUAUGUGUUUCUCACAGGAUGGCCUAGAGAGAUACGUUGCCGAAGAUAACAUUGAACCCACACUUGCAACGUCCAGAAUGGUCACGGAAAUCAUUUCUAACGCUCCCAACUUUCCGGUCUAUUUCUCUGACAUUGUCACCGUGUCAGGAGAUCGGGUCAAGCUAGUCCCCAGCCCUGAGGUAUUGCAUUCAUAUCCAGAAGAUGAAGUUGUAGCACAACACUGGUUGGCAGCGCAUUCAUUCAGCUGAGAAUUCUUCUAUAUUUCUAGAUUACACCGCGCAAUUUCUACUGUUUUAAUUCACCGUCUGCACAUCUACUAAGUGACGAAGAGCAUCUCAUUUAAGUAUUAGUCAAUAUAUCGCCAAAAAUACAUACUAUAC